AUGAGCAACACUGAGAUACUCCGUUCUACAAAUCUUAUAAUUCUGCUGAAGGAUGAAAUCUUUGCCGAUUUUUUCAAUACAUUUCUUUCUCUCCCGGUCUUUGGUCAGACCCCAUUUUAUCUUGUUGAAAAAUCACAGUGGAACUUGUGGCCAGAAAUACCUCGCGACUUGAUUGCCAAAUACAAAGGACUAUUGACCUGGUUGGAAAAAUAUCGGUUACCUUUCUUCUGCAAAACAAACUUGUGUUUCAAUUACAUUCUCUGUCAGGAAUUAAUCAGUUUCAUUAAGUCUGAAGAAGGAGGUGAAGAGUUGGUGGAUUUCUGGAUCCUUGCUGAGAAGAUCCUGAGCAUCGAUGAGAUGGACCUGAAAAAGAGAGACUACUACCUGUCCCUCCUUCUCAUGCUGAAGGCCAACCAUCUGCAGUCGGGGUCCAGGGUAGUCAAGCUCUGCAACGUGAACAUCAACUCCCUCCUGAACCUCUCCAUCUGGCAUCCCAACCAGUCAACCACCAGAAGGGAGACCCUGAGCCACAUGCAGAAAGUGGCUCUGUUCAAAGUCCAGAGCUACUGGCUCCCCAACUUCUACACCCACGCCAAGGUGGCAAUGGCCAGCGAGGAGGCCUGCCAGGGCCUGAUGCAGGAGUAUGAGACUCGCCUGUACAGCGUUUGCCACACCCACUCGGGAGAACUCCCUCUGAACAUGAGCAUCAGGAAGAGUUUCCACUGCCAAAAACAGUACUCAAGCAAGAAGGCCAGGAGGAGGAUGUGGCACAUGGCAGAAACGGACCCUCGCUUUCUGGAAUCCAGUCCCAAGCCGGAUAGCAGGACUAUGCCUACACAGGAGAUGAGUUCUCAGAAGAUGGUGACACAGAUGUCUUCCCUGACAACAGUGGCUUCUUCAAAGGAGUCAAUAAUCAGUUCCUUAGAAAAUGAUGAUCCCUGUGCUAAGAAGUUCGCUAUGAAGAAAUCCAAGGGCCACCUCCUCAUGRAGGGCCUCUUUGAGACAAGGUUUUCCACCCAAAUGAGGACUUCCACCCCUAUCAUUAAUUAUUCUUCACAGAUGACAAUCCACAAGGCCAUGAGGAAAAGCCUCCCCCUGGGGUACACAUAUUGGGCCCUGUGUGCUGACAUCCAUGCAGGGAGUCCCUUCCGGCACUACCUAAAGAAGAUGAAAUUGAAAGUGGAGAGACAACUCCUGGACCUGUGGCAGGACCUACACCAUUUCCUGCGUGUUCUGAUGAAUAACAGGAAUAAUGGAAAUGCCAUCUUUCGUCACAUGCUGGGUCACAGGAUCUGUGAGCUCUACUUGAAUGAGCAGCUUGGUCCACGCUUACCACUCAAAUCUCAGACCAUUCAAGGCCUGAAAAAGCUGCUGUCUUCCGGGGAUGUGACCCCCUGGAUUCCCAAAGCCCAGAGGGAAAUUUGCAAGAUACUCAGCCCCUGCUAUAAUGAGUUCCUGAAUGAAGAGGACUACUGGUUUCUCGUUUUUACAACUCAGACACGGUUCAUCAAAAACCGGUGCCAUAGAAGAAAAUCUAUAAGCAAAGAAGAGAACAUUCUUCUUUAUAAGAGGAUGCAGAAAUCUCUGGAGUUAACCCAGGCCUUGGCUAACAUGGAGAAAAUGGAUUCGAUGCAGUGGCCAAGCGUAGCGACUGAGAACCUACGCCAAGCUGGGUCUCUSCAGGUAGAACUGCAGUCUCCAGUGUUUCUGGAAGACAUAAACAACCUGACUUUUGAGGAACUCUGCUUUAAGUAUCCAAAGGUGGCCAUAAAGAAGAUCAGUGAUGACUACAAGUUAUACUGUGAGAAAGCACCUCUCAUAGAUUUUAAAGUGCAAAUUGUCAAGGAACCAAAGGUAAUUACAGCCCCACAAAGGAAAAUAUCCUUCUCCAAAAAAUCUGGUACUAGGAAGCCCUCAGUGAGACCCAGGAACUUGACAGAAGUCCUCCUAAAUUCACAAUACCUGGAGCUCUUCAGGGAGUUCCUCAGAGAACAUAACGCRGAAAGCCCAUUGCUAUUCCUGAUGGCUGUACAGAGGAUGAAUUCGAAAGCCAAUGAGAAGACUUACAUGUCUUCAUUGGAAAACAUAAUCCAGACUUUCUUCCACGGCAAAAUCCCUCCUGAAGAAAUGCUGCAGUGCGAUGCCCCUCUCAUCAAAGAAGUCACUGAAAUGAGUCAAGUCAGUACAACCACAUUGCUAAUGGUCCAGAGCCACGUCAUGAAAUCUCUGGAUGAAAAGUGGUUUAAGGAUUACCAAGAUAUAUUCCCGUUUCCUCCUCCUUCUCCGGAGGUGGAGCCUGAAGCACCAGCUCUGCCUAAGAAGCCCUCAAAGAUAACAAUGUACCUGCUGGAAUCCCAGAAAAAAGGGUGGCUGAAAAUGACCAGCUUUAUCAAGAGCUUUUGCAAGUACCGCAAAUUUAUUUCAAAUCCCAGUAAGCGCCAGGAAUUUAUAGACUAUCUUCACUUGGAAAUGUGCAAUAGCAAAGACAAUUUCCCCGGAUCACCCAGUUUAUCGGUACGUCCAAUCCCAUUGUCCACCAACAUCCGGAGUGCAGACCCAGAGAAUGGAGAGAUAACCCUUCUAAAGCGCCGUAUAUAUGGUCACAGGGUCAUCAUUGUCAACUUUGCAAUUAAUGAUUUAUAUUUCUUAUCUGAAAUUGAGAGAUUUAAUGAUUUGGUGAGUUCAGCUCACAUGCUGCAGGUCAACAGGACAUACACUGAGAAUGACCUACUGCUGCUGCGGGCCAAAAUUAACAUUAUCCUAAGGCUCUUYCUGAAUUCUGACAUCCCUCCAAGGCUGAGGGUGAAUAUCUCUGAGUCCCAGAAGGAGGCUAUCCUUGCUGCAGUUUCAGAGGGCCACCUAGAUCGGACCACCUUCCACGGGGCUGUCAUGUCCAUCUUCCCCGUCAUUAUGUACUUCUGGAAAAGGUUUUGUACUUGGAAGGCAGCCCGCUCUUACCUGCAACACAUGGGAAAGGGGAUGAAAGACAGAAAAUGUGCUUCUAAACCUGCAUACAAAUACCCUCCUUCAAGUGGAGGAGACCAGGGCGUCCUAAGAUUCACCCUGCUCAGAGGUGUGGAGUGGUUUGGGCCUCAACAGCGGGGGGAUGCAAGUUCAAUCCAAAAUUCAUCAUCUGGAAACCUUUCCCAACCGAGAGCUGUACCAUCUUCCUUGCAGCUGGGUCCUUUCCUGGGGUAG